CCGUGAUCCGGAAGUACUUCGUUAUCCUUGCCUGCUUCACAGCGGUGCAUGUAGCUAUCUGCUCACAACUGCACGGAUCAAAUUGUUGCUAGCAAAUGUACCAUUUUCAAAACGUUAUUAGCAUAUUACUUAGACACGAAGUUUAAAUCUUCUGCGGAAGUCAGACCGAUCUCUGUUUAGUUUUCGCAAACGUUUGAAAAUGUUGAGCAGUGUUUCUCUCCGGGCUCAGAUCGCUUCCAUCAUAGAGGUACUUUCUAAAGCUGCGGUUUCAGAAAUUAGCAAAGUAGUCGACGAUGGCAUAGUUGUGUUACGUGUGGAAAUGUGUCGACGGGAAAAUGAAAUCAACGUCCUGAAAAAUAAUGUACAACAACUUGACAGCGAGCUUCGAAAAGCUCGAGGGAUUCAACCUCGAAAACGCAUUCAUCAUGGUCGAUCAGUCGCUGCUGAGAAUCUUGGGAGAGAAGGGCCUGGUAAAAAUGGUACCACUUGUGUGAGGAGGACCUCCGUUGAGAAACUGCAGCCUGGGGGAGACGGCAAUGGAAAGGAUGAAGGCGUUGGACCUGCGGAUGAGACUCUGGUCAAGAUUGAGCCGGGAGGGGAGGGUGAACAGGAAGAGCAGACCUCAAGGAGAAAAGACGAGGAUCGUCUUGAUGCUGAACUGUCAACGUACGAGAGAGACAGCCAGCCGUGGAUGCCCGGUACACAAGAAGACAAUGAUAUGGAGACAAACUCACUGUGUCUCCCUGAUCACUCUCCUGAACCUUCCGGAAUGACGGCAGCUUCAUGCAGCAGUGUUUCAUUACCAGGGAAACCAUAUUUGGAGUCAAAUGUCAGAGAGGAUAUGAUUUUACAACUCCGACAGCAACAACGUCAUAGGCAGUCAGAAGCGCUCAGGAGAACAAGCGACGGCACGGUAAAGUCAAACCCAGACCCUCAAAGUGAAUUCGGUUUUGGCCUGAAUUACAAUACGGCAAGGAGAGCGAGGACCAAGAGAUUUUUCCAGGUUAAUAAACACUUCAUUUGCACACUGUGUGGAAAGAGUUUUGAACGUUACAGCCAUCUUGAAAGACAUCUACGAAUUCAUACGGGUGAGAAACCGUACAGUUGUGACCUAUGUGGAAGGUGUUUCAACCAGAAGGGUAGCCUCAAAGGACAUCUGAAGACUCACAGAGUAUCGAUGGACGGGCUAGCUAACAACGAAGAGAAGCCUCUCCUGGAUAGACGUCAGUCUGAGGAAGAGCGUUGCAACGGAAAGUACGAAGUUUUCCAAACUGCUCCUCAGAUGCCCAUGAAGUCUGAGCCGGGGGAGGAGAAGGAUGCAUUCCAGACACUAGAUCAUAAAGCAGGAGAACAGACUGCAGGAAGAGCAGAACAGCAACUGGAUGAUGACUUGUCAACGUACGGGAGAGACGGCCGGCCGUGGAUGUCCAGUUCACAAGCAGACAACAAUAUGGAGACGAGCAAUUCAGAAUAUUUCAUCAGUUCAGGUCAGAACUCUCAGUGUCUCACUGAUCACUCUCCUGUACCUCCCAGUUCAGGUCAGAACUCCCAGUGUCUCACUGAUCACUCUCCUGUACUUCCUGUCCUAGGAAGGGUGGAAGCGUCAUGUAGCAGUGCUUCAUCUCCAGGGAAACCAUAUGUAGAUGUCAGCGAGGAUAUGAUUUUACAGCUCAGACAGCAACAUUAUGGACCUUCAGACACACUCUUGAUAGCAAGUGACGGUACAGUACAGCCAAACUCGCAGGUCACGGACGGGGCUUCUCUGAACCAUCCUCCCAUCUUCUCCAGUUUUCCGGAAAGGAAGGUGAAAACCUUCCAAGGAGUCACCAAGGACAAGAAGUGCUUCAUCUGCUCAUUCUGUGGGAAGGUUUUUGAGCGUGUUGGUCAUCUGGAAAGGCACCAGCGAAUUCAUACGGGUGAGAAACCGUAUAGUUGUGACAUAUGUGGAAGGUGUUUCAACCAGAAGGGGAGCCUCAAAGGACAUCUGAAGACUCACAGAGACGGCGCUGACAUGCUAACGGGUCUACCUCCGCUAGAUGAUAAAAAGCCUGACGUUUAUCCUAGACCCUCGGAGAACCCAGAGGAACCGAGGGAUCAGCCCUCACCUGGUGAAGCACAGCCUAGCUCCGGGCACAGUGAGGAGGAGGAGGGCAGGGGGCAGGGGUUGGUGGGGGGAGCAGAGAAAGAGAAGCAGUUUGAAUCCCAGAUACUCAGUCAGUCAGGACCUCCACACCAACAAAGCACAGAGCGACCAGGUUACCAGGACGACCCAGAGUAUGUCAUGGAUGAGAGGGAGAGUCAGCUGUGUAGAUCUUUCACAGAGAGGCACAGUGAUAUGGAGUCUGGAUCACUAAAUCCAGGUUGCUCCUCCGAUGUGACAAAGCAUCAGAACUCCCAUCCUGUUUCACCCAGUGUCAAAUACCAUCACAGUCCUUUUGAUGGACUGCACCACCACCACGGGUUCUAUACGUCAGCUUCUAGAGAGGUGGAACUUCAACACUUGUCUUUUCAGGAUGAGAAAGACAGGUUGGAUGUGAUUGAGCAAGAGCAGUAUGCAGGGGUGGUUCUACAUGCAAGGAACAGGGAGGAUGGUGAUGGAACAGUACUACCUAGGUUUCAGGACCGGGUACCACCGUCACCACUACCUGUAGAGGAGGAAACGGCAAUGAGAGCGUACAUCACAGAACCAAACUACAGUCAAGAGGGGAUUUUAUUUGCCCUUGGCAUAGACAGUUUUGACAGUACAGAGGGAACCAGUGCCACUACAGACGACACAAGAAAUAGAUGUUUCAUAUGCUCCUUUUGUGGAAAGAGUUUUGAUCGCCAUAGUCAUUUUGAAAGACACCUGCACACUCAUACUGGUGAGAAGCCCUACAGCUGUGAGAUAUGUGGUAAGACUUUCACUCAGAAGAGCAGCCUGAAAGCUCAUCAGAGACUUCAUACAGGUUAAUCAAGGGCCAAAGCGUAUUUGUUUGCAUUUCAAAUGGCAUCCUAUUCCCUAUACAGUUGCAAGAAACAGUAUGUGAACCCUUUGGAAUUACCUGGAUUAGGGUCAUAAAAUUUUAUCUGAUCUUCAUCUAAGUCACAACAAUAGACACAGUCUGCUUAAACUAAUAAUACACAAAUUAUUGUAUUUUUCUUGUCUAUAUUGAAUACAUAAUUUAAACAUUCACAGUGUGGGUUGAAAAAAUUAUGUGAACCCCGAGGCUAAUGUCUUCUCCAAAAGCUAAUUGGAGUCAGGAGUCAGCUAACCUGGAGUCCAAUCAACGAGACGAGAUUGGAGAUGUUGGUUAGAGCUGCUCUGCUAUUCACUAGAAGCUGUGAACCACGCCUCGAACAAACGAGAUCUCAGAAGACCUAAGAUUAAGAAUUGUUGACUUGCAUAAAGCUGAAAAAGGUUACAAAAGUAUCUCUAUAAGCCUUGAUGUUCAUCGGUCCACGGUGAGACAAAUGAUCUAUAAAUGGAGAAAGUUCAGCACUGUUGCUACUAGAGGUCGACCCGAUUUAAUUAGGGCAGAUUUCAAGUUUUCAUAACAAUCAGUAAUCGGCAUUUUUGGACACCGAUAAUUGCCGAUUACAUUGUACUCCAGGAGGAGACUGCGUGACGGCUGACUACCUGUUAUGCGAGUGAAGCAAGGAGACAAGGUAAGGUGCUAGCUAGCAUUAAAAGUAUCUUAUAAAAACAACCAAUCUUCACAUAAUCACUAGUUAACUACACAUGGUUGAUGAUAUUACUAGGUUAACUAGCUU